GUGAGGAAGUGGGAGAGCCAGUCCAUCAGACAGACUGCUUGAGUGCUAGUUAACAGCUCACUGUCAGGAGAGUGGGGUUAAAACAAGAGGAGCAAGGACUGAGAUCUGACAAUAACUUUAAAACAGGAGAAAAUGUUACACAGAGCAGCCUCCAAUGUGUCAGACAAAGCAAAGAGCAACAAGCCAAAGCGCUCCACAAGCUUUGGCAGGUUUGAGGGUCUCAGACAUCACUCAUCACAAGCCAAACCAGAGGAAAAUGGAACAACCAUGCUCGCAGAAGAAUGUGAGAGUCUGGACUCAAACAAAUCAGCAGGACUUGGGAAGAAGAUGAAGGCGAUUUCACUGACCAUGCGCAGAAAAGUGGGCAAGAAACAUGCCAAGUCUUUCUCUGAGGAGACAGUUGAGGAUGCAGACAAAGAUCCAGAGGCAGAGACAGAGAGUGUCCUUCCAGCUGGGAAAAACGCUGCAAAGACAAGCAACUCUUUAGAGAGUCUGUGCAGUGGACAGAGUUCCUCUAGUGGUGUGACCAGUGAGUCUAAUGGUUCUGGUCAGAGAGACAGUCUGAGGCUGGAGGAGGACGGCUCCUAUCAGGGACAGUUCUGUGGCAGAGCUCGCGUCCACACAGACUUCGUCCCAAGCCCAUAUGACACAGACUCCCUCAAACUCAAGGUCGGUGACAUUAUCAACAUCAUCAGUAAGCCUCCAAUGGGCAUCUGGACGGGCAUGCUAAAUAACAAAGUGGGCAACUUCAAGUUCAUCUAUGUAGAUGUUUUAGUGGAGAAAGAGGAAGAAGAGGAAGCUCCAAAGAUCAGACAACAGAAGCUGUGUAAAAAGCCUCGGCCUAAAACGUUGCUGGAGUUACUGGAGCGACUGAAUCUUGAGGAGUAUGCCUCUGCCUUGUUGCUAAAUGGCUACCAGACAGUGGAUGACCUGCUGCACCUGCAGGAGAAACAUCUGAUAGAGCUGAACGUCAAAGAUCCGGAGCACAGACGCAGGCUUCUCGCCGCUGCUGAAUACCGCUAUGCAGAAGGUGAUGAUGUGAGGGAGGCGGAGGAGCACAAAUCCUCCCACAGUCUACAGGAAGAAGACAGUGACUGUCCCAGAGACUCGGGCUGUUUCAUCCCAUCUGAAUGUUCAGACAGCAAGGAGGACGCAGAGCAGCACACAGACGCUGUGGAUUCUUAAUGUGAUCACUUGUCAGAUGGAUACUUUGACUUAUGACAAUUAUCCCUUUUUUUCCCACGAUGUCAUGUUAAUAAUCCUUAUUCCAACAAGCUAGCCACCACCAGCCUAGCUAAUGUAGAAGCUUUGUAUAGGAAGUACAAGCAACAAAUAUUCUAAAUGUUAUCUUAUCCAUUUGUCACUUUAUCAAGAUAAUAAUGAAGUUGUAAGAUUUCUUGAGUUUUUUUUUUUAUUUUACACUGUUUAAAAGGUGACAUUUCAUUGAUUAAGUGUCGCUUGUAUUUAUUGCAUGCUAAAUCAUUCAUUGUUUUCCAUAUAAAGCCUUUAUUUAUUGCAUCUGCAUCAUUUUAACCUUUCUUAUCAAAUCUCAGUCUCAUUUCAAAAUCCAGUGUAGUUUUUUUCCCCUUAAGAAUUAUCUGUGAUACUUAUGAAGGGGUGUUUUUGCAGUGGUUUGAACAAUGCAUAUUCAAAUCUUGCCUAUACUGUACAGGAAAACGUGUGUUAUUUUUUGAACGUGUGUGUGGAAAUGAUGAGAGAAAGUGUGCGUGAGAGAAAGUUUGCGUGUGCACUCAUGUGAAAGUCAGCAUUCAAAUUUUUGUGAAUAAAAUAAAAGAAAUACACAGAAAUAUAA